AUGGGCACCCGCCCGCGGUCCGCCGCGCUCUGCGGGGCGGCGCUGGCCCUGGCGGGCGGCGCGGCCCUGGUGGCCUGGGCCUGGGUCCGCCUGCGGAACCGGUCCGCGUUGUCCGCCGCCCGCCCUGCCGCCGCUGUCGCCGCCGAUCAGGGUAAAGGACACAGAAAGCAGAUCCUGGUGCUGGGCCUGGAUGGGGCUGGGAAGACCAGCGUUCUCCACUCCCUGGCGACUAACCAUGUCAAACGCAGCGUGGCUCCCACUGAGGGCUUCAAUGCCAUCUGCAUCAACACCGAAGAGUCCCAAAUGGAGUUCCUGGAGAUCGGGGGCAGUGAAUCCCUGCGUUCCUACUGGAAGAUGUACCUGCCCAAAGUGCUGUUGCUCAUCUAUGUUGUGGACUCGGCGGAUCAUGCCCGACUGCCUGUGGCAAAACAGCUGCUUCAUCAACUGAUCCAGAACAACUCCACCCUGCCGGUGGUGGUUCUAGCCAACAAGCAGGACCUCGAAGGUGCAUAUUGCAUCACUGAUAUCCAUGAUGCUCUGGCACUGUCUGAGAUUGGUGAUGAGAGGAAGAUGUUCUUGAUUGGUACCCACGUGGCAGAGGACGGCUCCGAGAUCUCGUCCAGCAUGAAGGAUGCCAAGGAGCUGAUAGUGCAGCUGGUUUUGGAAACACAGUGACAGCUUCAAUGUGAUAAUUGCAGCUGAGGGAGAUCGGGUGUUAGUGCAUAGUCAGUCUGCUGCAUGGCAAACCAAAAUGUACAGCUGUCUUCCUUAUGGGUGUGGAAUUCCUCUGAAAAUGGUGUCUAGUUGAUAAGAAAAGUUUUAAGUUGAUAAGUAGUCUAUUUUUUAGUAUAUUUGUAGGGGAAAAUUAAGUCUUGGACAGUAAAGGGAGCUGAGACGGGCUAAGAAAGCUUCUUGCCAGGUGGGAAUCAAGCAUUGGCUUCAGUGGAAGAAAGUUGUAUUCAGUGAAUUUAACCUGGGUUGAUGUCUUGGGCUUAAAUUGAAAGCUGUUUACUUCCUGGGUUUUACGGAACCCUGUUAACAGUGUUGUUCUGUUAAAAAUGAGACCUCAGUUCUUGACAGUGUCAGAAAUUUAAAGUGCUUUGAGCAGUAAUUUUGAUGGUGACAAUUUUUGUUAUUGCUCUAUUGGAGCUAGCUUUUAAGGGAGUGGCAAGUUAAUCAUCUCUGGAAAUUGGGUUUGGUUACUGCUUCUUCGGUGGCUAAGAACAAGAAAAUGAAAGCCGUAAGACAUUAAGUAUUCCUUCGCCUACAGGGAAAAAAACUGAACAGUGUAAUUUAAGGUAGCGAAUAGAGGCAUUUAAGUUAAAUUGGCACUAAAGGUGGGAGGCUCCUCCCUCAGGCUGAGCCUCUUGUUUCUGUUUAAUCCAGGCUGUCCUCGAGUGAGCAGUCUUAGAUGUGAAAAACCUGUUGUUUUUGAUAGCGAUUUCUGUUAGCACAGCGGGUGAGGAAGAUGAGUUGCUGACGAGUGUCGCUCUCCUGGCGUCCUGGUGAUUGUGCUCAGAGGACGACCAGGAGCAGUUCUGCAACGGACCUGCUUUGCAACCGCGUGUAUUGUAUGAGAGUUUGGAACAGAUGCAUAAAGUGGAAAGUAUCACCCUCA